UGAGAAGGAAGGAAUGGAUAGCAGCAUCCACCUGAGUAGUCUGAUAAGUCGACACGACGAUGAAGCCACGAGGACGUCCACCUCGGAGGGGCUGGAGGAGGGGGAAGUGGAGGGGGAGACGCUCCUGAUUGUCGAAUCAGAGGAUCAGGCAUCUGUGGACCUGUCUCAUGACCAGAGUGGGGAUUCCCUCAACAGCGACGAAGGAGAUGUGUCCUGGAUGGAGGAGCAGCUGUCCUACUUCUGCGACAAGUGCCAGAAAUGGAUACCAGCCAGUCAGCUGAGGGAACAGCUCAGUUACCUUAAGGGGGAUAAUUUUUUUAGGUUUACUUGUUCGGAUUGCUCAGCAGAUGGCAAGGAGCAGUACGAGAGGCUGAAGCUGACGUGGCAGCAGGUUGUCAUGUUGGCGAUGUACAACUUGUCUCUGGAAGGAAGUGGACGUCAAGGUUACUUCCGGUGGAAAGAAGAUAUCUGCGCUUUCAUUGAGAAACAUUGGACGUUUUUACUAGGGAAUAGGAAAAAGACUUCGACGUGGUGGAGCACAGUAGCGGGUUGCCUCAGUGUGGGAAGUCCCAUGUACUUCCGUUCAGGGGCUCAGGAGUUUGGAGAGCCAGGAUGGUGGAAACUUGUUCACAACAAGCCCCCAACAAUGAAACCCGAAGGAGAGAAGCUGUCUGCCUCUACCUUGAAAGUAAAAGCCUCAAAACCCACGUUAGAUCCCAUCAUUACCGUGGAGGGACUUAGAAAACGAGCAAGUCGGAAUCCUGUGGAAUCUGCCAUGGAAUUAAAGGAGAAGAGGUCGCGGACACAGGAAGCCAAAGACAUCAGAAGAGCCCAGAAGGAGGCGGCCAGCUUCCUGGACAGGAGCACGUCUUCCACGCCUGUCAAAUUCAUCAGCCGGGGCCGCAGGCCGGACGUGAUUCUCGAGAAGGGAGAAGUGAUAGACUUUUCCUCCUUGAGCUCCUCCGACCGCACCCCUCUGACCAGCCCGUCUCCUUCCCCGUCUCUGGAUUUCUCGGCCCCCGGCACGCCUGCCUCUCACUCUGCCACACCCAGCUUGCUGUCGGAAGCAGAUCUGAUUCCCGACGUGAUGCCACCGCAAGCCUUGUUUCACGAUGAUGACGAGAUGGAAGGGGACGGCGUCAUAGACCCCGGGAUGGAGUACGUCCCACCCCCUGCGGGGUCUGCCUCUGCGGGACCCGUGGGCAGGAGGAAGGUCAGAGGCCUGGAGCAGAUAAAGCAGGAGGUGGAGAGUGAGGAGGAGAAGCCGGACAGGAUGGACCUGGACAGCGAAGACACGGAGUCGAACACAUCCUUGCAGACGCGGGCUCGGGAGAAGCGGAAGCCGCAGCUGGAGAAGGACUCGAAGCCCAGAGGCCCCAAGUACACGCCUGUGAGCAUCUACGAGGAGAAGCUGCUGCUCCGGAGGCUGGAAGCCUGUCCCAGCGCGGUCGCUAUGACUCCCGAAGCUCGGAGGCUCAAGCGGAAACUGAUUGUCAGACAAGCCAAAAGGGACAGGGGCUUACCACUCUUUGACUUGGAUCAAGUUGUUAAUGCUGCUCUCCUGUUGGUGGAUGGGAUUUAUGGAGCCAAAGAAGGGGGCGUGUCCCGGCUCCCAGCUGGACAAGCCACGUACCGGACCACCUGUCAGGACUUCAGAAUCCUCGACCGAUACCAGACCUCCUUGCCCUCCAGGAAAGGAUUCCGGCACCAGACCACCAAGUUUUUGUAUCGUUUGGUCGGAUCAGAAGAUAUGGCUGUGGACCAAAGUAUUGUCAGCCCUUAUACUUCCCGGAUCUUGAAGCCUUAUAUCAGGCGUGAUUACGAAACAAGACCACCCAAACUACAGCUCCUGUCACAGAUCCGUUCCCACCUGCACAGGAGUGACCCUCACUGGACACCUGAGCCCGACGCACCUCUUGAUUACUGCUACGUCCGGCCAAAUCACAUCCCAACCAUCAACUCUAUGUGUCAGGAGUUUUUCUGGCCUGGCAUUGACCUGUCUGAGUGCCUGCAGUAUCCAGACUUCAGCGUAGUUGUCCUUUAUAAGAAAGUCAUCAUUGCCUUCGGCUUCAUGGUUCCUGAUGUGAAAUACAACGAAGCGUACAUUUCAUUUCUGUUUGUCCAUCCCGAGUGGAGGAGAGCAGGGAUCGCCACGUUCAUGAUCUAUCAUCUGAUUCAGGUUCCCCUGAACCCUGCGAAAGUAACCAAAGCCUGGGCAAAGCUUGGAUUCUGUGAGCUGAAGGAGACUGGUGACCGCUCAGGUAAGAAGCUGGAAGGGGGCUCAAUGAGUGUGCAGGCUGGUCCGGCUUUCCCCUGCAGCUUUGCUGCUGAUAGGAGGUGUGGUCAAGAGGGACCCUAGUCAGUAGCAGCUUGCACUGCCUCACUGGUGGCUGGUUCUAGGAAGGAACAUUCUAGAAGCACAAAGCCCUGGCAGCACAUGCUUAUCAAGUCUCUGCUUCCAACAUGCUCACCAGUGUCCUACUGACCAUGGCUGAGCUCAGUCUGCGUGCAGGCUGCACAGGUGCUGAAUACCAGGUCUUCAGGUGGGCCGCCAAGUAGAAGUCACCAGCCAGGGCCACUAUAGAAAACUCAUCAUUGGCUCUAUCGCCCAAGAUGGUGGUCCCGAAGUUGGAGGACACAUUCUGAAACCACGCCCCUAUACAAUGCCUUUGCUGUAGGUGUCCUCAGGCCCUAGUCUGUCUCCCUGCCUCAGUGAUGUUUCUUUGCCCUUCUCUGAUGAUCGCAAAUUAACCUCUGAGUAAGGAGUCACUGACUGCAUGGAGGGAGUGGGUCCCAGCUCACAGGACUCCUGAGUCCACUGAUCUCCUGGAUAGAUAACAUCUGGAUGUUAGGCCGCUCUUCAUGGUUUUGUUUUUGUUCUUGCUUUAACUGGAAACCCAGGCCCUGAGCAAACAAAGUAACAACCAUCUGCCUCUAGCCCCCAGAGUGGCUGGAGGCCACUUCACCAUCAUCAAAAUUCCUCAAAGAGCGGGAUGACCUGCUCUAUUGCUGACCCAUCAAAGGAAGACCAUGGGUGCAGUGGACCAGCCAGAGACCUGCACAGAGCGGAUCGUGGACCCCUCAACCCCAACUUCAGUCUGUAAGGUUUCUCACCCUUAAUCCCUUAAACUGCCAGUUCUUGCUCCGCUCUUUGCAGUCAUAAACAGCUACUUCCCUCACGAUCCUGGUGUCAGUGAUUGGCUGGCUGUGCACUAGGGAGAGGCCCCAGGUGUGGGGUCCUAGAGCAAUCCAUGCUGGGAAUUACAGUGAAGGCAACAGCUGGAGGAAAUAUGUCACCACACCCUCUAACACUCCUCCCAAGGCCAGCAACCCCAAAUUGCUACUGUAGUAAAGCCACAGUCCAGAACCAGUGCCACCGGAAAAUAUCCAGCACGGCUGAUACCUGCAUCCCCAUGAUCACCUCUAACUUUCAUAACGUCGUAGCAUCAUGAUGCUACAGCUGCCGUGGCUGACACUCCCCACUCCCAUCAUGUACCUGAUGCCAUGACACUUCUAAGACUUCCCUGAAAGAACAGAAGAUGGUCAGUCACCAAGUUACUGGAAAUCCCUAUCCUUUCUUGGAAAAUCUUGCCCAAAGCCUUACCUGCCGUGCCUGUAGACUACAUGAAGGGAUGACCCCGAACCUCGUGGGUUGCAGCUCACUCUAGAGCAUGUCCAUACUCCCUGUUGAGUGUGUACUUUGGCUUUGCUAAUAUUAUUCCUCUGCUAACCUU